CGGGUCGAAGGGCUUGCUUCCGGAGAGCGGGAAGGCUAAAAUGCGGUAGCUAAACUGGAGCCAGCGUUGGUUCUGUGUGGAAAAGGCUUUAGCCAUGGACAGGAGUGGCUUUGGAGAUAUAUCAUCCCCUGUAAUCCGGGAGGCGGAGGUGACACGGACUGCACGGAAACAGAGUGCUCAAAAAAGAGUUUUAAUUCAAGCAUCUCAAGAUGAAAAUUUUGGUAAUACUACACCAAGAAACCAGGUUAUCCCUCGAACUCCUAGCUCAUUUCGACAGCCUUUUUCUUUCUACCAACCUUUUGUUUAUAGUUACCCCAACAAGCCGAAGCUUACUAAGGCAGCCAGAUAUUUCCUGCAUUCUUGGAACAGGAGGGAGGUCUCCCCGACUUACACAGUCUUCAGGGUUCUUUGGAAAUCUCUCCAUGGUUACUAAUCUGGAUGACAGUAACUGGGCAGCUGCAUUUUCAUCACAGCGUUCCGGGCUCUUCACAAACACAGAGCCCCACAGUAUAACAGAAGAUGUAACUAUCAGUGCUGUUAUGUUACGUGAGGAUGAUCCUGGAGAAGCUGCAUCCAUGAGUAUGUUUUCUGAUUUCCUGCAGUCUUUUCUGAAGCACUCUUCGAGUACAGUUUUUGAUCUUGUGGAAGAGUAUGAAAACAUCUGUGGUAGUCAGGUGAAUAUACUGAGUAAAAUAGUGAGUCGAGCAACACCUGGACUUCAAAAAUUUUCAAAAACAGCCAGUAUGCUCUGGCUUCUUCAACAGGAGAUGGUCACGUGGAGGCUGCUGGCUUCUUUGUAUAGAGACAGAAUACAGUCUGCAUUAGAAGAGGAAAGUGUAUUUGCAGUUACUGCUCUUAAUGCCAGUGAAAAAACAGUCGUGGAAGUGUUAUUUCAGAGGGAUUCACUUGUUCGACAAAGUCAGCUGGUGGUAGAUUGGUUAGAGAGUAUUGCCAAAGAUGAAAUUGGAGAAUUUUCUGAUAAUAUUGAGUUUUAUGCAAAAUCAGUAUAUUGGGAAAAUACUCUACAUACCUUAAAACAACGGCAGCUGACGUCUUAUGUUGGAAGUGUUCGUCCGCUUGUCACUGAAUUGGACCCUGAUGCUCCCAUAAGACAGAAAAUGCCCCUUGAUGAUCUGGAUAGAGAAGAUGAAGUUAGAUUACUCAAAUAUCUCUUCACUCUAAUCCGUGCUGGAAUGACAGAAGAGGCACAACGACUCUGUAAACGCUGUGGUCAAGCAUGGAGAGCUGCAACACUUGAGGGCUGGAAGCUGUACCAUGACCCUAAUGUUAAUGGAGGAACAGAAUUAGAACCUGUUGAAGGGAAUCCAUAUAGACGCAUUUGGAAAAUAAGUUGCUGGAGAAUGGCAGAAGAUGAGCUUUUUAAUAGAUACGAGAGAGCAAUUUAUGCAGCUUUAAGUGGGAAUCUUAAGCAGCUGCUUCCUGUCUGUGACACCUGGGAAGACACAGUUUGGGCCUACUUCCGGGUGAUGGUGGACAGUCUGGUAGAACAGGAGAUCCAGACAUCAGUAGCAACUCUGGAUGAAACUGAAGAACUCCCUAGAGAAUAUCUGGAAGCAAACUGGACCUUAGAAAAGGUUUUUGAGGAACUUCAAGCUACUGAUAAAAAGAGAGUUCUGGAAGAGAAUCAAGAACAUUAUCAUAUAGUUCAAAAGUUUCUUAUCCUGGGAGACAUCGAUGGUUUGAUGGAUGAGUUUAGCAAAUGGCUUUCCAAAAGCAGAAACAAUCUACCUGGACACCUCCUUCGCUUUAUGACUCACCUUAUUUUGUUUUUCCGUACCCUGGGACUACAGACCAAGGAAGAAGUUUCUAUUGAAGUUUUAAAGACAUACAUACAGCUUUUAAUAAGAGAGAAACAUACAAAUCUUAUAGCAUUUUAUACCUGUCAUUUGCCUCAAGACCUAGCUGUUGCCCAGUAUGCAUUAUUUUUGGAAAGUGUUACGGAAUUUGAACAGCGCCACCGUUGCCUGGAGUUGGCUAAAGAAGCAGAUUUGGAUGUUGCAACAAUAACAAAAACUGUAGUUGAGAAUAUUCGAAAGAAAGAUAAUGGUGAAUUUAGUCAUCAUGACCUGGCCCCAGCCCUAGAUACUGGCACUACUGAGGAGGAUCGUUUAAAAAUUGAUGUAAUUGACUGGUUGGUAUUUGACCCAGCGCAGAGGGCAGAAGCACUGAAACAAGGCAAUGCAAUUAUGAGAAAAUUCUUGGCAUCAAAAAAGCAUGAAGCUGCAAAAGAAGUAUUUGUGAAAAUUCCUCAGGAUUCUAUAGCAGAAAUCUAUAAUCAGUGGGAGGAACAAGGAAUGGAAAGUCCACUUCCUGCUGAAGAUGAUAAUGCUAUCCGAGAACAUUUGUGCAUCAGAGCUUAUUUGGAAGCCCAUGAAACCUUUAAUGAGUGGUUUAAGCAUAUGAAUUCAGUUCCACAGAAACCUACUUUGAUACCUCAACCAACUUUUACUGAGAAAGUGGCUCAUGAACACAAAGAAAAGAAAUAUGAAAUGGAUUUUGGUAUUUGGAAAGGGCAUUUGGAUGCCCUAACUGCUGAUGUGAAGGAGAAAAUGUAUAACGUCUUGUUGUUUGUUGAUGGAGGGUGGAUGGUGGAUGUUAGAGAGGAUGCUGAAGAAGACCAUGAAAGAACACAUCAAAUGGUUUUACUGAGAAAACUUUGUCUGCCGAUGUUGUGUUUUCUGCUUCAUACAAUAUUGCACAGUACUGGUCAGUAUCAGGAAUGCCUACAGUUAGCAGAUAUGGUAUCCUCUGAGCGCCACAAACUGUACCUGGUAUUUUCUAAGGAAGAGCUAAGGAAGUUGCUGCAGAAGCUAAGAGAGUCCUCUCUAAUGCUCCUAGACCAGGGACUUGACCCAUUAGGGUACGAAAUUCAGUUAUAGUUUAAUCUUUGUAAUCUCACUAAUUUUCAUGAUAAAUUUUUAAUAAAAUAUACAUGUUAUUAGUAAUUUUUUCUUUUGCAUUACCAUGUAAAAUUUAAACAUUUGAAUUUUGUACUUUUCAGAAUAUUAUCGUGACACUUUGAACAUGUAGGUAUAUCAGCGUUUCUCUGUGUGCUUAUUAAUAAAACUAUAUAAAAAAUAAAAUUUUCUGUUUUUA